AUGAGUUAUAUAGAUGGAACCAUUACACAACCCAUGAAGGUUAUUACUAAGAAUGGUCAAAGUAUUAACAAUCCUGAUUUCAUGUUAUGGGAACAUCUGGAUCAAUUCCUUUUGAGUUGGAUCCUCUCCUCUCUUACUAAAGGAGUUUUAGCCCAGGUAAUAGGGUAUACUACUUCAAAGAGCGUAUGGGAUGCUCUUGCUCGCCUGUUUGCUUCAAGAUCGCAGGCAUGCAUUAUGCAACUUAGGUUUGAGUUGAUUCAUUUGAAGAAAACAAAUUUGUCCAUGGUAGAUUAUCUACAAAAAGCUAGGCUAAUAUAUGAUAAUCUAGCCGCUGUUGGAGAGUUAGUUUCAAACUUUGAAUUAAUACAAUUUGUCCUAGGUGGCCUUGGCCCAGAUUAUGAGUCUUUGGUCACUCCAUUGCUAUUGCGUGUUGGUGAGUACACCUUUGAUUCUAUUCAAGCUCUACUCACCAACCAUGAACUUUGGUUGGAAUACACUCGAACUCUAUUUGAAUCUUUUCAACCACAAACUAAUAUGGCUGUUCAGAAAAGCUAUCAGUCUGUUAGGACUGAUGACUACAGAAACAAACAAAAGACUUCUAAUGGAAAGGGUAAGAAACUAAAUCCCUUUCAGGGAGCCAAAUGCCAAAUAUGUCACAACCUAAACCAUACAGCCUACAAGUGUAGAGCUAGGUUUGACAAUGAUUUUCGUCCAGAAAAGAGCUCUCCUGCUACAUAUACUGCUUCUAUAGGACCAGUGAUUGACAACAGUUGGUACCCAGAUUCAGGUGCCAGUCAUCAUAUGAUAGCUGAUCUUGCCAACUUGCACUUGCAAUCUGAAUACUCUGAACCAUAA